CAUAGAGUGAGAAUGGGUAAUGUGAAUGCUCGAGAAGAUGGGAGUGGAAGCCCAUCUGGGGCUGAGGAAGAUGGCGGUGGCAGCGUACAAGAAGAACCCAUGGCGUCUCACGGCCACGUGACGCCCGGUGGUUCGUCGGAGUUGAUGGGCCAGUCUCCUCCUCAUAGCCCUAGGGCCACUCACUCCCCACUCAUGUUCACUCCUCAAGUCCCUGUGGUGCCAUUACAAAGGCCUGAUGAGAGUCACAUCGCGAGCUCCUCGUGGAUGCAAACUAGUUCAGGGUUCGAGGACAUGUCCUAUGAACAAGGAAUUCCAACAAUGAUUACAUGGCCUUAUGGUGGCAAGGAAGUUGCUGUUGAGGGAUCAUGGGACAAUUGGAAGACGAGAGUGCUCCUUCAGAGAUCAGGGAAGGACUUCACCAUUAUGAAAGUGCUUCCAUCUGGUGUAUACCAGUAUAGGUUUGUUGUUGAUGGCCAGUGGAGGUGUGCCCUGGACUUGCCCUGCGCUCAAGACGACUCGGGACACUCCUAUAACAUUUUAGACUUGCAGGAUUAUGUUCCAGAAGACAUUGAGAGCAUAUCUAGUUUUGAACCUCCCCAGUCCCCGGAUUCGAGCUACAGCAACCAACAACUUGGGUCCGAAGAUUUUGCAAAGGAGCCGCCAUUGGUUCCUCCCCACCUUCAAAUGACGCUGCUCAAUGUGCCCGCAACCUACUUGGAGAUUCCGCCGCCUUCAUCAAGACCUCAACAUGUGGUACUCAACCAUCUUUAUAUGCAAAAAGGGAAGAGCAGUGGCCCAUCUGUGGUGGCGCUAGGCACAACACACAGGUUUCUCGCCAAGUAUGUGACGGUCGUGCUCUACAAGUCCUUGCAGAGGGGAAUGUAGGCCAGGUCUAUGCGGAUUGGUUAGAUUUAUUUAUCUAGCUAAUAUAAUUUUAAGAUUUCAAUGGCACUGUAAUGGCUUAUGUAAGCUCAGGAAAGAAUAUAAGAUGAAACUUCGAGAAUAGUAUUUCACAUAAUGCAAUUGCUUCUUGACCAUUGAUCCAUCAAUCUCUUUACCUUUUCGUGGAUAUUUGAUGACUGUAUAUUAGUCGGCUUUUACUCCCCUGAACUUGCUGUGAAAGGAAAGAAAACUUACCGUAAAGGAAUAUGUAAUGGGGCGUAUAUUUACACUUGGAAGGGAAGCAAGAAAGAGUAACUCUACGCAAUCAAAUUGUUAUCAAAUUUGAACUUCAAAUGAUAUCUGGUUGCAUAA